GAUUCACGUUAUUCUCAACCUGACAACCUUGUGGAACACGAGCAGUACUCUGGCCAAGAAUCAUGAUAGCUUUCCUUGUUUUGAUCGGAUCUGUGGCAGUUUACGGACAGGACCAUGGCCACCACCACAACCACUCCUGCACCCACGUCAACAAUCAGCAUGUCCUGGCGAAGCAGGUGGUCAUCAACAUCGUCGCCGACAUGGAUAAAGAUGGCGACGGCAUUGUGGAACUGCCCGAGGUCAAUGCGGAGUUUAUAUCCAGAUAUGACCCUGACAAGGAUGGCAAGGUGCCCGAGGAUGACUUUGUGAAACAGUGGCAUCAGCGCUACCACGACGAUGGCGACUUCGUCGGCUACCUCUUUCACCACUUCGACAAGGACGACGACGAGAACCUGACCGCAAAUGACCUUGCAGCUUUGGCGAAAACUCUUGACACUGACGGAAAUGGGCAAGUCUCCGUGGCAGAGUUCCAGUCCUUCAUGAUCAAUCUCUACGUCAACUGUGUACCGUCGAAAUAUUCUCACGGCCCUUGAGAUCAGCUGUCAAAUAAAACAUUCUGAUGUA